AUGCGUCCUAAAGACGCUCUCGCUCCCUCCUCUGCAGCGGAGCUGUCAUCGCCGCCGUACGCCGUUGCAGCGGCGCGGGCGCGGAGCAGGAGGAUGGUGACCAAGGUGGUGGACCUGCGGUCGGACACGGUGACCAAGCCCUCCGACGCCAUGCGCGCAGCCAUGGCGGCCGCCGACGUCGACGACGACGUCCUGGGCGCCGACCCGACCUCGCGCCGCUUCGAGGCCGAGAUGGCCGCGCUCACGGGCAAGGAGGCCGCGCUGUUCGUGCCCUCGGGCACCAUGGCCAACCUCAUCUCCGUCCUCGUGCACUGCGACGUCCGGGGCAGCGAGGUCAUCCUCGGGGACACCUCGCACAUCCACGUCUACGAGAACGGCGGCAUCUCCACCAUCGGCGGCGUGCACCCCAGGACCGUGUCCAACAACCCCGACGGCACCAUGGAUAUUGACAAGAUCGUUGCCGCCAUUAGGAACCCGGACGGGGCGCUGCUGUACCCGACGACCAGGUUGAUCUGCUUGGAGAACACACAUGCCAAUGCUGGUGGGAAAUGUUUGUCUGUAGAAUACACAGACAAGGUUGGCGAAAUUGCCGUGAAUCACGGCUUCAAGCUUCACAUUGAUGGAGCUCGUAUUUUCAAUGCCUCUGUGGCACUGGGAGUUCCUGUACAUAGACUUGUAAAAGCCGCUGACUCAGUUUCGGUAUGCCUAUCUAAAGGGCUAGGCGCACCCAUCGGAUCAGUUAUUGUUGGUUCAAAGGCCUUCAUUGACAAGGCUAAAAUUCUUAGGAAGACACUAGGUGGUGGAAUGAGACAGGUUGGAGUUCUUUGUGCCGCUGCUUAUGUUGCUGUUCGUGACACUGUGGGAAAGCUUGCGGAUGAUCACAGGAAGGCUAAAGCCUUGGCAGAGGGCCUGAAGAAAAUUAAACAGUUUACGGUGGAUUCAUCUUCGGUCGAGACAAAUAUGGUGUUCUUUGAUAUCGUGGAUCCACGCAUUUCACCGAACAAGCUAUGCGAUGUCUUGGAACAGCGCAAUGUGCUUGCAAUGCCAGCAAGUUCAAAAAGUGUCAGGUUCGUCAUCCAUUACCAAAUUUCAGAUAGCGAUGUUCAAUAUGCACUGACAUGUGUCGAGAAAGCUGUUGAAGAGCUAUUGAAGGGCGGUACAAAGUUGGAGCAUUUGACAAAUGGUACUGCCAAAAACGCAUAUUGGCACUAG